AUGUCUUUCUUUUACGGUAUGUUCUUUGGACUCUCCUUCGGCGUGGGGUUGGUUGUGAUGUUCGCUCGUUAUGAGAAUCUGAGAUCCAGGCGUCGUUCUGAAUUGGCAAAGAUAGUGGCAGCAUUUGCGAGAAUGACUGUGCAGGAUUCGAGAAAAGUCAUUCCAUCUGAAUUUUAUCCUCCUUGGGUCGUCUUUUCACAGCGACAAAAGUUAACUUGGCUUAAUCAUCAGCUCGAAAAACUCUGGCCGUAUAUCAACGAGGCAGCAUCGGAGCUGAUAAGGAGCAAUGUUGAGCCGGUUCUUGAAGAAUAUAGACCAAGUAUUUUACAAUCUCUCAAAUUUUCUAAGUUGACCCUUGGUACUGUCGCUCCACAAUUUACAGGAGUUUCCAUUGUUGAAAGUGAAAGUGGAGAUAAUGCAGUCACAAUGGAGUUGGAAAUUCAGUGGGAUGGUAAUCCAAGUAUUGCACUUGAUAUUCGAACCAAAUUUGGUGUUGGACUGCCUGUACAGGUGAAGAAUAUUGGAUUCACUGGGGUUUUCAGGUUAAUCUUCAAGCCUCUAGUUGAUGUGUUUCCAUGUUUUGGAGCUGUUUCUUAUUCCUUGAGAGAAAAGAAAGAUCUGGAUUUCACGCUUAAAGUUAUUGGUAGUGACGUAUCAACAAUCCCGGGAAUCUCUGAUGCUAUUGAGGAAACAAUAAAAGAUGCUAUUGAAGAUUCGAUUACUUGGCCUGUUCGGAAAAUUAUACCCAUAUUACCUGGGGAUUACAGUGACUUGGAGUUGAAGCCUGUUGGAACAUUAGAUGUGAAGCUUGUUCAAGCAAAGGAAUUAACAAAUAAAGACCUCAUUGGGAAAUCUGAUCCUUUUGCUGUGAUAUUUGUACGCCCACUACGUGACCGAACGAAAACCAGCAAAGUAGUUGAUAACCAGCUGCAUCCAAUCUGGAAUGAGCACUUUGAGUUUGUUGUUGAAGAUCCAACAACUCAACAUUUGACAGUAAGAAUCUUUGAUGAUGAAGGUGGGGUUCGGGCAGCUGAACUUAUUGGUUCUGCUCAAGUUGCAUUAAAAGACCUUGAGCCUGGUAAAGUGAAGGAUGUAUGGUUGAAACUGGUCAAGGAUUUGGAGGUCCAAAGAGAUAAAAAAAACAGGGGUCAGGUGCAAUUGGAGCUGUUAUACUGUCCUUUUGGCACAGAGAGCAGCUAUAAAAACCCUUUUAGUGCUGAGUUCUCGAUGACCGCAUUGGAGAAGUCCUUCAAGACGCCUGGAACUGCAACAGAGACGGUUGAUCUUCAGACGGCAAUUCAAAAGAAAAAGGAAGUCAUUGUGCGAGGAGUACUAUCUAUUGUAGUGUUAUCUGCUGAAAACUUGCCAAAAUUAGAUUUGAUAGGAAAGGCUGACCCCUUUGUUGUCCUUAUACUGAAGAAAUCUGGAGCAAAAGCAAAGACUAGAGUUGCACAUGACACCCUCAAUCCAGUCUGGAAUCAGACAUUUGACUUUGUUGUGGAGGACGGGCAACAUGAAAUGUUAAUUCUGGAAGUGUAUGACCAUGACACCUUUGGGAAGGAAAAAAUGGGGAGAGUCAUCACGACACUCACCCGGGUCAUAUUAGAAGGUGAGGUUCAGGACUCUUUUCCCAUAGAUGGCACCAAAGCAGGGAAGCUUUCUUUGAAUCUCAAGUGGACACCACAACUAGUAUUCCGUGAAACUUGAUCAAAGAGAGAUGACGCCAAAUACUGUUUCAUGCCAAUACCUUUUACACGUCUGGCACAUCCUCAGUCCUGCUAGCAACAAGGGCUAAUGAAAUUUCCAGAAUGCCAAGCUGUAAAGAAAUUUAAAGAGGAAAGCAGCAUGCUGAGUGUUGCUUUCCAAAUUAUCUCAGGCCAAUCCCUGUAUAUUUGAGACACCAUUCUGUUUUU